CGGGGCGGGAGAAGAAUAGCAUCCAGGGGUAUGCACAUCGGCAGGGCGGGGCCGGAAGAAAGGAUGAGGAAGUGAAGUACGAGUGCAAUCUGGUAAUUCCUAAAGAUUUCGGGGAGGUGGGAGCAAUUUUGAUAGAGAAUGAGCACCACCAGGAAAUGUUUGUGAAGAAGAUCGUUCUAGAUGGUUUAUUCCAUGAUGGUGCCUCACUUAGCAUCAACUGUGAUUCCUGGGUCCACUCCAAAUUCGAUAAUUCUUCUAAGAGAGCUUUUUUCAGCAACAAGCUGUGUAGGAAACGGAAGCAGUAAAUUGAGAAGGGAAGAGAUUCAAGACGCCAUUGCCAAAGCGGCGGAGCUGAGGGCCCUCCAUGCCGCUCUGGUGCAGGGCGAUGGCAGCCCAGCAAGUCUCAGAUUCUCUACCGCUUCAUCACCUCAUCAUAUCCCUCACUUCUCCACACAGGAUUACCCGAUUUUCACUCAUAGUUAUGAUGAGGAGGGGCCAUUGCCAGGCUACAAACAUCUACAGCUAGAAAACAACGUAAACUACGCUGAAACUUGCGACGAAUAUAGCGUUGGAGGAGGAAAAGGAGCCGAAAGUGGAAACAUAUCGGUUAAAUCAGAUUAUUAUUAUUACUACCAAAAACCAAAAUCUUCUUUAAGAAAUGCAUUUGUUGCUACUUCUGUCAACACAGAAUCACCCAACAGUUUUGCUGACCAGAGUGUAGUCCACGGAGUCGCCGAAUUCAGCAAGAUUGGAAAGAAUCCUUGUAACGUUGUUGUGCCACCAUCAGACUCUUCUGCUCAACCACAGCAACCAAAGAACAAAGGGUUGAUUUUCUCUUGGCUGAGGAAGAAAAUCAAGAACGAAUUUUCACCGCUAAGGGCGACGUCGGAAUCAGGGGAUAUAGGGUCGGCAUCCAUAGAAGCAUUGAAGAAGGAGGUGAUGGCAGCGAAUGAGGACAGAGACGCAGCACUGAUGGAAGUUGCAGAAACGAAAUCUUCUAUCGAGGAAAUCAGGGGAAAAUUGGAGUACUUGGAGAGAUACUGUGGAGAGCUUAAGCAGGCGUUGAGGGUAGCAAUUCAAUCAUCAAAGGAGGACUCGCCAGUGAAGCUAAUUAACAAGAGUCUUCCAAGAAUUGUGGAAGGAGGAAACUCAAUGCAAGUGAGCGAGGAAGUAAUGUUGGAGGGCUUCUUGCAAGUCGUGUCGGAGGCUAGACAAUCGGUUAAGCAAUUCUGUGAAACUCUUAUUUCCCACACAACUACUGUCGAGACUAAUAACGACAAUGAUUCCUUAACGGAUAACUUGAACCUUCUGCUCCAACCGUACAGACUGACCCUCCAUUCGAAGUAUUCGAGGAUUUCGAGAAUUGCUCGUUUCAGAAGAACGGAGCCCCAAAGCAUUUGAGUCCAGAACAAGAACGACACUCGCAAUUCUCAUCGUUUGCGGCAUUAAGGAGCCUUAGUUGGAAUGAAGUGCUAAAAAGGGGGACAAAGUAUUACAGUGAAGAGCUCAGCAGGUUUUGUGAUCAGAAAAUGAGUUCCAUAAUCACUGUCCU